AUGUCUGCUGCCGAAGCCACCGAGCCCAAGGUCGAGGAGACCAAGACCGAGGAGACCAAGCCCACCGAGACCACCGGCGAUGCUGAGCAGCCCGUGACCUCCUCUUCCGUUUUCUCCAUGUUCGGAGGUGGCGCCAAGAAGGAGAAGAAGGAGGACGAAGACCGUGGUGACAACUCUGGCAGCGCCAAGGCUCAGCGCGAUGCUGCGGCUGCCGAGAAGGAAGGAGAUGAAGCUCCCGAGUCCGAGGAUGUUCACUUCGAGCCCGUCAUCAAGCUGACCGAGAAGGUCGAGACCGCCACCAACGAGGAGGCCGAGGAGCAGCUCUUCAAGAUGCGCGCUAAGCUCUUCAAGUUUGUGAAGGAGACCACCGAGUGGAAGGAGCGCGGCACUGGUGACGUCCGUCUGUUGAAGCACAAGGAGAACGGCAAGACUCGUCUCGUCAUGCGCCGCGACAAGACUCUCAAGGUCUGCGCCAACCACUACAUCGUCCCCGAGAUGAAGCUCUCCCCCAACGUCGGCUCUGACCGCAGCUGGGUCUGGAACGCUGCUGCCGAUGUCAGCGAGGGUGAGGCCGAGCCCGUCACCCUGGCCAUCCGUUUCGCCAACUCCGAGAACGCCAACCUCUUCAAGGACGCUUUCCUGAAGGCCCAGAAGGAUAACGAGGAGCUUUUCAAGUCUGAUGAGGCUGAAGCCCCCCAGAAGGAGUAA